GGAUAUCGGUCCUUCAGUAAUCAAUAGACCUGAGAGACUGAAGGUCCCCGACCACAUCUGACCAAUAAGGUACAGAGAGAGUGAUGGUAUCCACUGGUGUCCUGUGUCACUUGAAGUAUGACACAGGACUCCCAAAAUAUUAAGAAUGGAACAGAUGGAAACUGCUCUUACAAUAUACUCACUGAAAGUUUUCUGUAUUCUCUGAUAUACCAGCGGAAAUGCAGUCUUAAUUAUUACCUCACGAGCAGUCCCUUGGCCUUGACCUUAAUAAGCCAGUCAAGUGUGAAAAUAAUUUAUUACGUGAUAUUUAUGUAAAUAGAGAACUAUCAUAGAAUGAAAACAAGUGUGUCAAUGAAAAGAAUAUUAUGCAACUGUCAUUCCUAGUUUCCUGCUUGAAGAAAAAUUAGUUUGACAUGAACAGUGUAACCGAAUUUAUAAGGAAACUGCAAUGAAUCUUGACUAUAUAACAAAGUGAAAGUAUGUAACAGAUCACCCUAAGUUUAUUCAACGGAAAUUACGAGUAAAGAGAAACUUAGCAUGUUGAAAAACCCUCGUAUCUCGAGCCAUUGUUAUCUUUUGGUGUGAAGCUUAACCACUUAAUGUGACAAAAAUCCGAGAAAAAUCUGAUAAGAAAUCCCACUGAGUGUUGACAACGAACAAUUUCACAACCACCUGAUAUAAUAUAUUUGAGAAUAACAUUCACUGGUAGUUCCUUGUGCAUGUGCAACUGUAUUUGAUGCUCACUCGAAAAAUAUAUCAUAUACAAGAAAUUGGUUAAUUUAGUGUUUCUUAUCAUGCUGUAAAUGCAGUAGUGGAAUGAUAUACGUAACUUUAUAAUUAUAGUAAAUCAGUGAAAAAAAUUUGAAGACGAGAGAAUCACUUGUUUAUUAAAUAAUUAUUGAUCAGUGGAAAACUCAGAAAAGAAAGAAUAUCAACUUCUAUAUAUGUAAUUUAUUGUAUAAAAUUAAAUUUCAUAUGAAAAAUCGUAUUACAAUAUAACUUCAGAACUAAGAAAUAAAAGAUAUUAUUUGAAAUAUACCGACAUACAUAAAAUAAUAACUUGAAAUAACGUUGUUUAUUUUUCUCUAGCACACUAGAUUAAAUGAGAAACAGUGAAGAAAACUAAUUAAAACUGUGAAAUCUCCGAGUGUGUUGCAGGAGAACAAUACCUCUGUCAGUAUUAUAAUUAUUAGCCUCUAGACAAUGUAGGUAAUGAGACAGAGAGAAUGAAAAUAUGUGACGACUUUUAUCAAAAUACUAAAGUAACUGAAAAAACAAUGAAGUUGAAUAACACGAUGAGGGAAAAUGUCUUAAAGUGCGUAACUGUUCAAUGAUGAACAGAAAAAAGUGUAGUAUCCCAGAGAGGAAACACCCACACAUUUCAAAGAGAAGUCAGCCGGAGAGAAGUUAGAACUCCAGAGGACCAGUGGGUAUAACCCAUGUUGUGCUCCAGUAUGGCAGGUCCUGCACGGAUCACAGCACUGUUUGGUUUGCUGCUGGUGCUGCUGUUGUUGCAACUCUCAGGUCCAGCUGUGCUGUGUCUAGGACUAGCAACUCGCUCAGCAGGACUUCAGCAACACCGAGCCCUCAGUUUAGCCAGAGGAAACUCCCACUCUUAUCGCUCCUACCCUUCUUCCUCUUCUCCCUCUUCCUCCACCUCCUACAGGAAUAGGAGCCCGGAGAAGGGAGUAGAUACCCUCAGUAUGGAUCACGAGCUAGGGAGGGGUAACACCCACCUCACUCUCUAUGGUAUAGAAGUGCCAGUAUACAAGUUCAGGGGAGAGGAUGCGGAACUCAAGUGUCGCUAUGACCGCGGUACUGACCCGCUAUACUCAGUCAAGUGGUAUAAGGACGAUCGAGAGUUCUACCGCUUCGUGCCAUUUACUGACACCGUCUUUAUGCCAUCUGCUGACUCCAUCUAUAUGCCAUAUACUGACUCCAUCUUAAUGCCAUCUGCUGAGCCCUUCAUUACUCCAUCUGCUGACCUCAUCUUUAUGCCAUAUCCUGACCCCCAUCUUUAUGCCAACUGCUGA